UCUGGGCCAGCCCCCGCCGCAGCCCGGGAAGCAAGUCGGGACGCCACCACCCCAGAUCCAGGACCCGCACCCCGAAAAUCGGGGGCCUGCACCCCGAGAUUGGAUCCAGAGAUCUGGUAAAACCCAAGCCUGGGAGCCUGAUUUGGGGCUGGGACCCCAAGACCUGGAGCCUGAACAUCAAUAUCUGGGGCUGAAAUCUCAACAUCAGUCCCUGGGACCCCAAGAUUUGGAGGCUGAACCCCAAGAAUUGGAACAUGGACCCCAAGAUUUGGAGCCUGAACCUCAAGAUUUGGCAUCUAAAACCCCAAAUCUGGAGCUGAACUCUGAGUUCUGUGCCUGGGACCUUGAAAUCUGGGACUGGAUUCUCAUUUCUAUACCCUGGAACCCACUAUUUGGGACCCCAACCCUGAGACUUUAGGCCUCAGAUUCCAAGAUCUGAACCCUGGCAUUCCAAAGGGCCUAAACCUGCGUUUGGGCCUGAAGUCCUUGCUGCAAACCUGAAUGCUGAAAUUUGGGGCAAAUCUUGACUCAGAGCCCCAGUAUCUGAACCCAGCACCCCAGUAUUGGAUCUCAAGACUGGGCUUGGGACUCAGAUCUUAAACUCUCCAUUUGACUGUUUAGCAUCCCAGGACUGGAGCUGGGAGACCAUGACUCCAAGCAACCCAAACUGGGGCCUGAGUCUCUAAAAUUGGACCCUUAGAGGCCCAAUAUUUGGAGAUCUAGGACCCAAAGUAUCAAGGUCUAGAGACUCCGUGGCCACAAAUCUGAGCUGAGACACAACAGACAGUCCCUCUACAGAGGCCUUGGGGACAGGGAAGGAAUGACCAGGCACCCCGUCCAGAGCCCUGACCCCUGACCCCCUUGGAGCUUGAGGACUCUGCUCCCUGGGGUGGCUUCCAGCUCAGGCCGCCGCUGCCCGCGAUGGCCGUCCUCCCUCUGCUCCUCUGCCUGCUGCCGCUGGCCCCCGCCUCGUCUCCACCCCAGCCAGCCACACCCAGCCCGUGUCCCCGCCGCUGCCGCUGCCAGACACAGUCCCUGCCCCUAAGCGUGCUGUGCCCGGGGGCAGGCCUUCUGUUCGUUCCGCCCUCGCUGGACCGCCGGGCGGCCGAGCUGCGCCUGGCGGACAACUUCAUCGCGACCGUGCGGCGCCGUGACCUGGCCAACAUGACGGGCCUGCUGCACCUGAGCUUGUCACGCAACACCAUCCGCCACGUGGCCGCCGGCGCCUUCGCUGACCUUCGCGCCCUGCGCGCUCUGCACCUGGACGGCAACCGGCUGACCUCGCUGGGUGAGGGGCAGCUGCGCGGCCUGGUCAACUUACGCCACCUCAUCCUGAGCAACAACCAGCUGGCAGCCCUGGCGGCUGGGGCCCUGGACGACUGCGCUGAGACACUCGAGGACCUCGACCUCUCCUACAACAACCUCGAACAGCUGCCCUGGGAGGCGCUGGGCCGCCUGGGCAACGUCAACACGCUGGGCCUUGACCACAACCUACUGGCUUCCGUGCCCGCCGGCGCCUUUUCCCGCCUGCACAAGCUGGCGCGGCUGGACAUGACCUCCAACCGCCUAACCACCAUCCCACCCGACCCGCUCUUCUCCCGCCUGCCGCUGCUGGCCAGGCCCCGCGGCUCCCCCGCGUCCGCCCUGGUGCUGGCCUUCGGCGGGAACCCCCUGCACUGCAACUGCGAGCUGGUGUGGCUCCGGCGGCUGGCGCGGGAGGACGACCUCGAGGCCUGCGCCUCCCCGCCGGCCCUGGGCGGCCGCUACUUCUGGGCUGUGGGUGAGGAGGAGUUUGUGUGCGAGCCCCCCGUGGUGACACACCGUUCGCCGCCCCUGGCCGUGCCUGCCGGUCUGCCAGCCGCCCUGCGCUGCCGGGCAGUGGGCGACCCCGAGCCCCGCGUGCGCUGGGUGUCACCCCAGGGCCGGCUGCUGGGCAACUCGAGCCGAGCUCGCGCCUUCCCUAACGGGACGCUGGAGCUGCUCGUCACCGAGCCGGGCGAUGGCGGCAUCUUUACCUGCAUCGCGGCCAAUGCAGCUGGCGAGGCCACGGCUGCUGUGGAGCUGACCGUGGGCCCUCCGCCGCCCCCCCAGCUAGCCAACAGCACAAGCUGUGACCCCCCGCGGGACGGGGAUCCUGAUGCCCUCACCCCGCCCUCUGCCGCCUCGGUCUCUGCCUCCGCCAAGGCGGCUGACGCUGGGCCCCCUACCGACCGUGGCGUCCAGGUGACUGAGCAUGGGGCCACAGCUGCUCUAGUCCAGUGGCCAGAUCAGCGGCGCAUCCCAGGCAUCCGCAUGUACCAAAUCCAGUACAACAGCUCAGCCGACGACAUCCUCGUCUACAGGAUGAUCCCAGCCGACAGCAGCUCCUUCCUGUUGACGGACCUGGCAUCAGGCCGCACCUACGAUCUGUGUGUGCUAGCCGUGUACGAGGACGGCGCCACGGGGCUGACAGCCACACGGCCCGUGGGCUGCCACCGCUUCUCCACUGAGCCAGCGCUGCGGCCCUGCGGGACCCCACACGCACCCUUCCUGGGCGGCACUAUGAUCAUCGCACUGGGUGGUGUUAUCGUGGCCUCGGUACUGGUCUUCAUCUUCGUGCUGCUCAUGCGCUACAAGGUGCACGGUGGCCAACCCCCGGGCAAGGCCAAGGCACCUGCGCCUGUCAGCAGCGUUUGCUCCCAGACCAAUGGCGCCCUGGGCCCCACGCUGGCCCCGCCGGCUCCUGAGCCGGCCACACCCAGGGCCCACACCGUGGUCCAGCUGGACUGUGAGCCCUGGGGGCCCAGCCACAAACCCACGGGACCCUAGCUUCGCGCCCACCUCUACGGCCCUUCUGGCCCCUGGGGUAGCAGGACCCAGACACCCCGUGGGACCUGGCCUCAGACUCACCAAAUUGCUCACAGUUUUUAAAACUCUGAUGGGGAGGGUGUCGCGGGCACCGGGGCACAACAAGAAAGUCCUAUUUUUCUAAGCUUGGGCCUGGGCCCUUGCCCUUGUCUCUGUCUGUUGGGGUUGGGGGAUCGUUCAGGGGUCUGGAGCUGGGAUGCCCCCUCCGGGGAGAGAACCACCCCCCAGUUCUGUCUGAAGUCCCUGGAUGAGGCUGAGGAUGGUCAUCCCUGUAACCAACAGACAUUCCUUGAGUGUCCUCUCUGGGCCUGCCCUGUGCUGGGUGGUGCUGCAGUGACUCAGGCAGCCCCCAGCCCUGCCCCUCAGACAGUGAUAGCUCAGAGCGAGCAGAGUCGUGGUGAGGAGGGAAGCCUAGGAGACUGCAGGAGCCCAGAAAAGGGGCCUGUCUCAGCCCAGGGUGUGGUCAGGGAGGGCUUCAUGAAGGAGACGUGAUCUGAGAAUGACGUCUGAAGGAGAUAAAUGGGCAAAGAGCAGUGGGAAAGGUGUUCCAGGCAGAGGGACAGCACAAGCAAGGGCUUAGGAAGUGCCAGGCACUGGGGGUGCCGUGGUAGAAGUGAGGCAGGAAGGGUGGGCAGGGUUCAGGACCUCCAGGCUGAGGAGCUCAGACUCUGGCCUGAUAGUACUGGG